AUGGUUCCCUAUAAGCUCAAAUUACUGAACUGUAUAAUGCUCAUGUGCAUGGGGGCCUGCAAGUCUGAAGUUCAGAGCAAGCAUUCUGCAUGUCAUUUGGAGAUGAUGAAAUCAUUUGAGGAAUAUGAAUAUAUUCAGGAAGGAGACAUCAUGAUUGGUGGGGUGUUAACUGUGAACUCCUAUGUGAAAUUUUUGAAACACCCAGAGGAUAAUUCCAUCAGGAUACUGUGUAUGGAAGCCGUGCCUGAGUAUUACCGACAGUUUAUAGAUUUUCGUUACUUUAUUGAACAAACAAACAAUAAUACAGCCUUGUUCCCCAACCUGACCCUGGGGUACCAUAUAUACGAUUCCUGUGGGGACCCCCGGAAGGCAGUGAGGAGCGUAUUACAGAUAUUAUCUGGUACCAGGGAGCCGGUUCCCAAUUACUCCUGUGUGGGAAAGAGAAACAUUGCUGGGUUUAUUGGGGAUCUCACCUCAGAGACAACUGUACCCAUAGCCCAGAUACUGACUCUGUAUGGAUAUUCCCAGAUCAGUUACGGAGCCACAGACCCAUUACUGAGGGACAGAGCCGCCUUCCCGUACUUCUUUAGGACAGUACAAAGUGAUCACCAUCAUUGUUACCUCCUUACGGAGCUACUGAAGCAUUUCGGCUGGACCUGGGUUGGGGUUAUUAGAUUAGAUGAUGAUGCCGGAGACAGAGAAUUCCAGCUUCUGACAAAAUAUUUCUCUAACAAUGGAAUAUGUAUCGAGUUCUCAACAAAGAUAAAUAUUAAGGCAAACAAAUAUUCAAGUGACCCCCAUAUUGCUAAACAUAAGGAGCAGCUCCAGAAAUCCACCACCAGUGUAAUUGUACUUUGUGGAACGGUGUCUAUAGCAAUAGCUGAAAAAUUCAGCCUAUUAAAAGAUGUUCUCAGAGAGAAGACUUUAAUUCUCGCUACUAACUGGGCAGCCAAUCACAUGAUGUAUUAUGCCAUAGAAGUGUUUAAUGGGAGUUUGGGGUUUAUGCAACGUUUACUGUAUUCACUAAAUGGCCCCAAAGUAAAGGCUUUCCUAGCGAGCAUCCAUCCUUCCAAAUACCCCAAAGACAAGUUGCUUGAAGACCUUUGGAUGCAGCAUCACUUAUGUUCCUCAUCUAAUGAAUAUAAGAACAAGAUUUAUGACUAUUUGUACCCUUAUAGUCUGCAUAACUGCAGCGGAGAGCAACAUAUUCAGGAUAUCUGGAACAUUGACAAUGCUUUACACUCCCCCCGGGUGCACCUUGCAGUCAAUGUGCUGUCUCAUGCAAUUCAUAAGAUGCACAUGUCCCUCAGUAAGCUCAGCCCCAAACAGAACAAACGACUGUAUAGUUACAGGUAUCAGUUACAUCACUACUUGAAGGUCCUUCAAUAUGAAGUCGAGGGGGUUCCUUACACUUUUGAUGAAGCUGGAGAGUUUAAAAGCCAAUAUUGGAUGUAUAACUACAUGAUUGAAGCUGAAGAAAAUGUGAAAGUGCAAUACUUUGAAUUUAACCCACUGGCUCCAUCAGAACAGAAACUUAUUCCAGCAGAUAUAAAAUGGAAAACAGGCCAGUGCAGGAUUCCAAGAGCUCAGUGCUCAGACACCUGCCCAACUGGUUUCAGGAAGGCAUCCAAGCCCGGGACCCAGUCCUGCUGUUAUGGUUGUGCCCAGUGUUCCGAGGGAGAGAUCUCCAAUGUAACCGAAAGAGAAAACUGCACCAGAUGCCCAGACAUGGAGUGGCCCAAUGAGAAGAGGAAUCAGUGUGUUGCUAGAACAGAGGAGUUUCUAUCCUACAAUGAUGAUGUGAUUUCUAUAUGUUUACUAUCUCUGUCUGUUGUUCUGUACCUUUGUACUGUGCUCAUAACGACUUGUUUUAUCACAUACCGGGACUCCCCCAUAGUGAGAGCCAACAACCGGAGCCUGAGCUUCCUCCUCCUUGUCUCCAUCAAGCUGAGCUUCCUCAGUGUGUUUCUGUUCCUCGGUCGCCCUGUGGAUAUAACCUGCAUGCUGCGCAUCAUCACUUUUGGAAUCACCUUCUCCAUAGCUGUCUCUUCUCUCCUGGCCAAGACUAUCAUGGUUUGUGUUGCUUUCAAAGCCACCAAGCCAGGGAGCUCAUGGAGAAAAUGGCUGGGAGUCAAACUGUCCAAUUCUGUAGUCUUGUUCUGCUCAUCCAUUCAAAUAAUCAUCUGCAUGACUUGGUUGGCCAUUUCUCCUCCCUUUCAGGAACUGGACAUUCACACUUCCCCUGGAACCAUCAUCAUUCAGUGCAAUGAGGGCUCAGCUAUUGGCUUUUACUCAGUUAUUGGGUAUAUGGGGCUUCUGGCAGCUGUUAGUUUUGUUUUAGCAUUUUUAGCUCGGAGCUUACCGGACAGUUUUAAUGAGGCCAAGUACAUCACUUUCAGCAUGCUGCUCUUCUGCAGUGUUUGGAUCACAAUGAUCCCGGCCUAUCUGAGCACCAAAGGCAAAAACACUGUGUGUGUGGAGAUAUUUGCCAUACUCACCUCAAGCGCGGGGCUUUUAUUCUGUAUAUUUCUGCCCAAAUGUUACACAAUACUACUCAGGCCAGAAAUUAAUAUGAAAUCUAAUUUGCUUGGAAACAAAUACAAAUAA